GCAUUUGUUACGUUCGUGCAUACAUUUGUUUGUUCUUUUGUCUAAAUGCAUGCUUGUUUCCUUCAUGUUUUUCCAGAGCCGAUUUGCGUUAACUUGUGGCUUAUAUGAUUAUGUUUUGCAAGUUGAUCGGUUCGUUACUGCUUUCUGUUCUUUUUUUUUUCCACGAGAUUUUCUGUGUUUUGAAGCCCGAAUUUGGGGUGUGAGCUCGAUUCGUCAAACAAAUUCGUGUGGAUUAGAUAUCUUAGAUUUUUUUAACAUGUUCAUUGGCGAUUUUCCUCUUUCAACUUCUCAAAAUUCAUAUAUAUUGUUGAAGUUGUUUUAAUGUAAUGUUAUUUUCCAGAAAACUCUUCAUAUUAUGUCUAAGUUUUCCAUGUUUAGUCUUUACUAUUAUUAGCUUGUGUUGCAAGUUGUAUUUCUGUUUUAAUGAAGUUUGUAAGUCUCAAUGUAAGCAUAUAUAAACAUGUUCAAUGGAAGAUGAAUGGCAGAACAUCAGAAUCAGUCCAUGAUGAGGGAUGGAGAUUUCUCAAGAAUAUUACCCUGUUUUUCCUCUGUUUUCCAUUGUUCUUAACACCAACAUAUAUUCUUAAGUGGCAUCAAUAUUUUUCCCCUCCAUUAUCUUCUUUUGCAAUUUCUGAUCUUAAGUCAUCUUUUGCUCGAUCUUCCCCACAUCUCCUCGUUUGAAUUUGUCAUUGAACGUCUAGAUCAACGAUAUUUACAUUCUCAAAAACACAUGUAUACUUGCAAUUGAAAUAGAAAAGAAAAAAGGAGAAAGGAAACUUUCCAGUAAUUCCUAUGUUUUGAAGAGAUAUAAGCUCCAAAAUCGUUCUGCUUAAGGUGUAUCGAUCAAGCUUUACACUUGUUUUGUAAAUCUAGUGGCCAUUUGAGCUAUGUUAACGGUGCUCAGCUUCCUGGAGAAUCUGCAGCGCUAAUGACUUUUUCUCUUUUUCUUUUUCCAUUUUCUCCCUUUCUAUGACAAUGAUAUAUUGACUCGGGUCGGGGGGGAAAAAAGUAUAAGGAACGCCUGUUUCAUCGAGUCAGUCACAGCUCGCUUGAACAUUCACUGAAACAUUAUUUCAAUCGUGUGUUCAAGCACGCCCACCAAACUGUCAUUGUCCAGGGCACCAUCGGGAUUCGUAGUUGCAGUAAUUUAAUCCUGAAUUUCCCUGUAGCUAGUAAAUUUCAGCUUUUCUUUUGGUGGUUGUGGAAUAUGUAGCUUUUACGCUUCUCUUUUGAACUUAUCUAAUUACGAUUCUUUGCCCAGAUCGAAUGAAAGGGCAUUGUGACAAGCAUCGCAAAUGGAUAACAUUAGGCGUUCUUUUAGUGCCUUUCAAUUCCCAGUGUUUGUUCAAACUGGUCUAUCUCUAUAUCUUGAACAAAAUCAACAUACCAUUAGCUUCCUUCUUUGUUUAUGAUGUUGAUUUCUUGCUAAUAUUGGAUACUUUUUUUCCUGCAUGUCACAUGGAGCAUAAAUGCGCAUCCUUUUCAUUUAGCAAAAAAAUCCACCAUUAGGCCAUCCACUUUUGUGGAACUUGUAUGUUUGUUUAUCUCAUAUUGGACAAAGAACAUUGGUCCAUGGCUACCACUCAUGAACUAAUUAUAACAUUGCCUUGAGUUUUGGUACAUGCGUACAGAGAGGGGGAUGUCAUGUGAAAUACGUAUGCUUCAGUCGAAUUAAGGUCGGCUUAAAAGCGAUAUGUUGCACGCUCUAAAAGGCUCGUCUUUGAUGACUUGCAAACUAAAAAUCAGCAUCAUUAGAGAAUAUUAGCUUUCAGUUUUGACUUUCUUUCUCAAAUCAUGGCCUACGUGAAUAGAUGCAUCGUGUCUAUUAGUAAAUAGAAACUUGAUCGAAGCCCCUAAGGAUGAAUAUGAAGAAGGAUGCGUCAAAUACUUCCCUUAAAGAGAAGGAUGAAAUUUUUGAUUUUUGUGACCUAGAGCUUUUCCCUGAUCAGAACUUGCAGAAUUCUGAGGGUGCUUCUAGCUCCAAUUGUUGUUAUGAAGAAAACUCCUAUACCACGAAUCUUUCCUUACCGCCAGAUAUAGACACUAAGUUGAACGGCUACCAAGAUAAUAAUGGCAAUUCUAACACAACGUACAACCCUGCCCCCACAACCACCAACACCAGCACUGCCACCACAGCCACCACCACCUCAAACAUUACUGCCAACAACAGUAGCAACCUGUCUAUAAUCUUUGGUUCCCAGGAGGAAAUUGACAAUGAUAUAUCUGCUUCCAUAGACUUUUCUCCAUCCCCUCCCUUCUCUGUUCCACCUUAUCUUACAAUCCAACAUGAUCAAUUUGGUUUCUCUUCAGUGCAGCCUCAAAUUCCUAUAUCAGAUACUGUUGUUGAGGGGUUCUCACAGUAUCCUGCUGACCCAGUUGCACCUCUUAUGGGGGCUUCCUUACCAGCCGUUUACAAAGAGGAUUGUUUGUCCUCAGUGCCAUCUUAUGUGCCUUUGAACCCUUCAUCUCCUUCUUGUUCUUUUCUUGGCCCUGCUUUGGGAACAUACAUGCCUGCAGGGGCCAUGAAUGCUGCAGCAUUAUCUGCUGAUAGCUCUGGGAUUUUCGGUGGAACCAUUCUUAUGGGUUCUGACCUGCAGCCACAAGAACUGGAUUAUCAAGGAGACAACGGUGGAAUUUACUAUUCAGAUUCCAUGCAGCGGGUUUUCAACUCUGGAGACCUUCAGGCACUUACUACUGAGAGUCAGCAACUCGUGGGUAAGGCUGGGAAUUCUACUCCAUUAGCAUCGGAGAUUUCAAGUCUGGAAGACUCAACUUACAAAGUAGGAAAACUCUCUGUCGAACAGAGGAAAGAGAAGAUUCAUAGGUACCUGAAGAAGAGGAAUGAGAGGAACUUCAGCAAGAAAAUAAAGUAUGCCUGCCGCAAAACACUAGCAGACAGCCGACCCCGAGUCAGAGGAAGAUUUGCAAAGAAUGAUGACUUUGGAGAGGUGCAUAGGCCUGCUUGUAGCAAUCAUGAAGAGGAUGACGAGGAUGAAGUAGUUGUGAAAGAAGAAGAUGAUCUAGUUGAUUCUUCGGAUAUCUUUUCUCAUAUUAGUGGAGUGAACUCCUUUAAAUGCAGCUAUCCAAUACAAUCCUGGAUUUGACAAAGGUUCUGGUACAUCAAAUAUUACUGCAAUUUUGGGGGACCCUAUUUUGGCCAGGAUGUAUCCAUCCCGGUUUAUUAAACAAAACAAGAAGUGAAUAAUUGGGUCAUUAUUUAUAAUAGGUAAUGGAGUCAGGAUCAUAUAGUGAGUAAAUAACAUUGUAAUUUUUGUAUAUACUAUGCCUUUUGUACACACUUCAAAAACUCAAAAGUUGUGCAAAUCCAGAAGGCAAGCUCAAUUGCUGGAAAUAGUACUAUAGGAGAGAUCAUAUGUUCGUAGUUCUGUUUUAAACUCUUAGACUACUUAUAUUCAUGAAAAGUUUUACCAGAUGUAUAGAGUGCGAUCUCAUGCUUCAAUUCAAAGGCAUUUUACA